AUGGUGAUCGGCCAAGCCGAUUCCACUGUCAAGUGUCGUGCGCUGUUGGACUCGGGGUCUGACAGCAACAUUAUCACCGAGAAGUUGGCGAACAAGCUUAAGCUGAAGAUGGAUCGCGUGGACCUACCGGUGAGCGGUUUGAACGACAUCCAGACCCGAGUGAAGUACUUGCUGUCCACGAAGAUCGAGUCCUGCGUCAACGCCUUCGCCUCACCCGUGUUGGAUUUCCUGGUCGUACCACGCAUCACGUCGAACUUACCCGUGGUUGAGAUCGACGUCGCAGCCUGGCCCCUGCCGCCAGGACUGCAACUAGCUGACCCAAAGUUCCACACCCCUGGAGAGAUUGACCUUAUCAUCGGCAACGAAAUCUUCUUUGAUUUGGUCAAGAGCGGUCGCGUCAAGACCGGCCGCAACGCGCCAACAUUGGCCGAGACGGAACUCGGAUGGGUCCUAGGAGGAGCGGUACCGACCAGAAAGGCCAAACCAUGCCCGCGUGUGUGCCAACUGAACCACUUCGAGGAGGAGCUGAACAAGACGAUGGUGAAGUUUUGGGAGAUCGAGUGCGUCCACCCAGAGACCGACCUGACCGUAGCUGAGGCUGCCGUCGAGGAACACUUCCAGCGCACCCACUCCCGAGAUGCCGAAGGCCGGUUCGUCGUCCGGCUUCCUUUCAACAACCAGAAGAGUCAACUGGGCGACUCGUACAACAACGCGCGGAAGCGCUUGGACAAGUUGAUGAUCUCGUUGGCCAGGAACCCAGCCAAGCGUGUCGAGUAUUCCGCGUUCUUAACCGAAUAUCUCACACUGGGCCACAUGAAGGAAGUGCAACACGUGAACGACGGAGGUUACUACAUCCCACACCACGCGGUGUACAAGGCCUCAAGUUCGACCACCAAGACAAGAGUCGUUUUCGACGCUUCGGCGAAGACCACGUCUGGUCUGUCGCUGAACGAUACUCUGGAUGUCAAGCUGCACCAAGACGACUGCAAGUAUCAACGGAUUUUGUGGUUGGAUGACGACAGACAGCUGAAGGUCUACGAGUUGCAGACGGUGACCUACGGCCUCGCCAGCUCACCUCACCACGCAACAAGGGCAUUGGUUCAACUGGCCACGGAUGAAGGCAAGGAUCUACCGCUCGCGGCGCGGGUGGUCAAGCGGGACAGCUACGUUGAUGACUUCCUGACCGGUGGUUCGUCCGUCACCGAAGUUGUCCAAAUCUACAAAGAACUGACGGAGCUGCUGCGCCGAGGAGGGUUCGGCGUCCACAAGUUCUGCUCGAACAGCACCGAGGUGCUACAAGCGAUUCCAGCUGAGCUGCACGAGAAACAGGUUGAUUUCGGGGAGUCCGAUGUCAACAACACAAUUAAAACUCUCGGACUCAUUUGGAACCCGCUCGAGGACUACUUUGUCUUUCGAGUGCCCCGACCCAUCAACGAAAAAUGGACAAAACGAAUCGUGCUGUCGGAGAUCUCCAGCCUGUUCGACCCCUGCGGCUUCCUUGGGCCGAUAAUCACGCUGUGCAAGCUGGUGAUGCAAGACGUCUGGGUUCGUGCGCUAACCUGGGACCAACCACUUCCGGUCGAGCUUUCACUGCGGUGGAGGCUGAUUCGAGUGCAGCUGCCAGCUAUCAGCAAGAUGCGGAAGAAGCGAUGCCUGAUCGCCCCGGAUGCGGUGAACGUGCAACUCCACGGCUUUUCGGACGCCUCGAAGCGAGCAUACGGUGGUGUGCUGUACAUCCGGAGCGUCAACAAGUGCGGCGAGAUCAGCGUGUGCCGAGCUGCCAGCAAAUCACGAGUGGCUCCACUCAAGGAGCAAACAAUCCCCGGCUGGAAGCGUGCGGCGCAAAACUGUUGGCGGAGUUGA